AGCAGUCCGCUUGAAGUGCAAACAGUUCGCAACGAACGCGCAAAGUGAACGGAACGUCGACGACCUCAACAGCCAGAGGCGCCCAAAAAUAAUCCAGUGUACAAAAAAGUGAAUUAAAAACAAAAACCAAUCCAAAACAAUGGCCGCCAUUAAGGACAGUCUGUUGGCUCAGGUUGCCGAGGUGCUCCCCAGCUCCGGACACAAGGUCACCAUUGUAGGCAUCGGUCAGGUGGGCAUGGCCAGCGCCUUCAGUAUCCUGGCUCAGAACGUCUCCAAGGAGGUGUGCCUCAUCGAUGUCUGCAACGACAAGCUGCAGGGUGAGCUCAUGGAUCUGCAGCAUGGCUCCAACUUUCUGAAGAACCCCCAGAUCACGGCCAGCACCGAUUUCGCCGCCUCGGCCAACUCACGUCUGUGCAUCGUGACCGCUGGCGUGCGCCAAAAGGAGGGCGAGUCCCGCCUAUCCCUCGUGCAACGCAACACCGACAUCCUCAAGAACAUCAUCCCCAAGUUGGUGGAGUACAGUCCCGAUACCAUCUUGCUGAUGGUGUCCAACCCCGUGGACAUCAUGACCUACGUGGCCUGGAAGCUGUCAGGUCUGCCCAAAAACCGCGUGAUUGGCAGUGGCACCAACUUGGACUCGUCCCGUUUCCGUUUCCUGAUGUCGCAGCGUCUUGGAGUGGCCCCCACCUCUUGCCACGGCUGGAUCAUUGGCGAGCACGGUGACAGCUCCGUGCCCGUCUGGUCGGGAGUGAAUAUUGCCGGUGUGCGUCUGCGUGAAUUGAACCCAACUUUGGGCACUGGUGAGGAUCCAGAGAAGUGGAACGAGCUGCACAAGCAGGUGGUGGAUUCCGCCUACGAGGUGAUCAAGCUAAAGGGAUAUACCUCCUGGGCCAUUGGCCUCAGCACCGCUUCCUUGGCCUCGGCCAUUUUGCGCAACACGAGCAGCGUGGCCGCCGUCUCCACCUCCGUUUUGGGCGAACAUGGCAUCGAUAAGGACGUGUUCCUGUCGCUGCCCUGCAUCCUGAACGCCAACGGUGUGACCUCCGUGGUCAAGCAGAUCCUGACACCCACCGAAGUGGAGCAGCUGCAGAAGUCUGCCAACAUCAUGUCCGAUGUCCAGGCUGGUCUCAAGUUCUAGAUGAAACCAUCAAACUAACAAAUCCAUUCACAAUCCAAAAAAAAGAAAAGAAAGAAAAACAAAAACACAAACAGAGCGGAAUGCUAAUUUUAGUCAAAUUUGGAGCCGCGGGGGAGCAGAUGCCAGUGAAAAGAUGCCCCGGAUCGGAGCAUCAAGUAUUUCUGACUACCAAUGUUUAUUUUUAGUACACCUCUCAAUUUAUUUAUUAUUUUUAUGAAUUAGUUUUUGUGUGCCCACACGAAUAAACUGUUUAAAAUUUAAGUUAAA